AUGGGAUACGUGGUGGAAACCCGCAUCAAGAUCAUUUUCUAUGAGGGGAAAUAUUUCACCGGCAGGAAGCUGGAGGUGUUUGGAGAAUGCGGUAACUUCCAGGACCGGGGCUUCAUGAACAGAGUGAACUCUAUCCGGGUAGAGAGCAGUGCAUGGAUCUGCUAUGAUCACCCUGACCUCAAAGGGCACCAGUACAUCCUGGAGCGAGGGGAUUACCCUGACUUUCACCGGUGGAAUGCUCACAAUGACCACAUGGCCUCCUGCCGGCCUGUCAAGAUGCAUGGUGAACAUUACAAGAUAGAGCUGUUUGAGAACUCCAAUUUUAAUGGUCAGUGUGUGGAGUUUUGCAAUGAUUGCCCGUUCCUGCAAGGCCAAGGCUGGACCAAGACUUGUGUCAACUCAAUCAAGGUCUAUGGUGAUGGAGCCUGGGUUUUGUACGAGGAGCCCAAUUACCGGGGGAGGAUGUAUAUCGUGGAACGAGGGUACUACCAUUCCUACACAGAAUGGCAAGCACAGAACGGCAACGUCCAGUCCAUGAGGACAGUGGUCAACUACUUUUAGCAAGGGAAAUUCUACCAUCCAUCAGUAAUAAACCUAACCGUCUACAUGGAAAUC